GACUCUGAGCUAAUGGCAUAAUGAAAGCACGCUGACCACCAUGCAAGAACAGUCAACAUUUCUUACUAAGGAUUCAGAGGGUCAUGACCUAAAUAGAUGUUAAUCAGAACAAAGCUAAUUGUAUUUACUGUUUCAGGUCGUCAUUGAUGUCCAGAGGAGACGAACAGUUUUCCCAUCGGUCAUUCAGAUGUUCCAGCAAUCUCUGCAUAUGAUGGAGAACACCAGUUUCGAGAACGACCUUAAGACUUUCCUUCGUGACUACGACGAUCGUCACGCCCUCCAGGUUCUGCCCGUCAUCUUGUGUCUUGCUGUUCUGAUGGUGCUAGGCUUGUUGGGGAACUCGCUUGUCUGUUACGUGUACAUUGCAAAGUUCAAACCAAGCCCCACCAAUAGAUAUAUAAUAGCCCUGGCAAUAUUUGACCUUAUCAACUGUGGCAUAUGCAUACCUCAUGAAAUAGCUGACAUGAGAUAUAGAUACACAUUAGCACGAUACGGCUUGUGCAAGGUCAUGCGAGUAAUCAUGGCAUUUGUAUCGUAUGCGUCUGGAUACAUUCUCCUAGCUGUAGCAGUGGACAGGUACAGGAGAAUUUGCCGACCUUUUCAAAGACAGGCAACAUGGUUAGAUGCUAAAGUCACAAUCGCUGUGUGUUCAGUCAUGUCUUUGAUUGUCGCCUUACCGGCUGCUAUUAUCUACGGUGUAAAGACAGUGACCACAAACAACAUCCACAUCAACGGUUCAGAUUGUUCGAUAUCAGACGACUACAGAGGGACGCCAUAUCCAAGCAUCUAUAAUGGUGCUCAGUUCUUCAUUUUCGUGGCUGCUACACUAUGCCUUCUUGUCCUCUACAGCCUAAUAUGGAGGCAGGCUGCUAGACGUAGGACAUUCUUCAACAAGAACAGAACCAGGCAGAACCCAGAGCAGCAGUUACACAAAUCUAUUGUGUCCUUUACUGUCCAGUCUGAUGCUCCUGAAAACACGUGUGCAGCGUCAGAAUCGAGCCCACCAACUGACGAACACCUUCGUCAAGGAGAGUCUGAAACAGAUGAAGGAAUGUGUUCCUCGAAAAGUACCUCUACUGCCUUGGACCCACCAGAAGAUGUCCAUGUUGCUAGCACGCUAAGUACACAUUCAUCGUCAAGAAACAACAAGAGGUCACACAAGACACUGUUUAUGUUGUUUCUGAUCACCCUUGUAUUUGUACUGAGCUUUCUUCCUCAUCUGUGUUUAAUGGCGGCCACAACAGCCUCUAAGGAAACGUUUGCAGGCAUUCAAGGAGCUGGGGCAGUGCUGUACAGUUUGUUCCUGAGGUCGUAUUUCAUCAAUAGUGUCUCCAAUCCGAUCAUAUACGGCUUUUGUAAUCUGUAUUUCAGACGGGAAGUUAGACUCCUGUGGAGAAAAGUUACAUGUUAUGCCACAGGUGCGGUAUUUGAGGGCUCGUCACGCUAAAGAUCCGGCUUCCAUUCAACUCAUGGGUAUACUGUGUGAAGCCAAUUUCGGGGGUCUUCCGCAGUGAUAUUACUAGAAUAUUACUAAAAGCAUCGUAAAAACAUACCCCCUCUUAGUAUCCGAAGAUGCGGAAUAUGUGAUUGUCGCAGUACACAGAAUGUACA